AUCUUUACCAAUACGGACAAAAUCUAAGUUCGAAUGUACUUCUCUUUGCUCACCUGUUUUAUAACAUGAUCGUUACGCAUAGCCACCAAGCCAGUGUUAUAUACGUUUUCACAAUCAAUGCUCAAGUAAACUGAUAAUUGACAUUAAGUUACGUAAAAUCAUUUACCGCUAAUCCUUUCACAUUCCUCCCACUAAUCCACCUCUUAAGUACUCUUAAAUCACCACUAACCUUCCCAUCCAAAACCACACUAUAAAAACAGCACUCUCAUAACCCAAUCAUCACCACAAAACAAAUCCGAAAAAAAAACAAAAAUGGCUUCUAACACUUGUUUUUCCCUCUUCGCCACCAUAGCUCUUCUCCUUCUCGUCAACAUCUCCGGCAGGACACUCCCGGCGACGGCAGAUCCCAACAACAUAGCGGCAAGGCUCAACGGUGGAGGACUAAUGGAGUGUUGGGAUGCUCUCUACGAGCUCAAAUCAUGCACCAACGAAAUUGUUCUCUUCUUUCUCAACGGCGAGACCAAACUCGGCGACGGUUGCUGUCACGCCGUCGACGUCAUCACCAUAAAUUGUUGGCCGUCGAUGCUAACUUCUCUCGGCUUUACGUCUGAGGAAACCAACGUCCUCCGCGGCUUCUGCCAGUCGUCUCCAAACCACGGUGGUUCCACUCCGGCUCCUUCCCCUGUAAAACUUUGAUGUAUGCAAACCCUAAUAAUGAUGGUUUAUUUUAAUAUCGACUAAGGGAGUCUCCUUAAGAUUUUAAUGGAAUAAUGGAUUCUUCUC